AUGACUUCUGAUUUAGAAACAAAAACUCUUUUGGAUAAUCAUCAAGAGGAAGAGCGAACUGAGAAAAGUCCAUCUGAUUCUUCUACGUCUUUAAUGGAUAUAUUUAUUCGUGUGGUUUUGAUCAUUCUGUUUGUGAUAGGGUUACAAAUGGGUGGCUUGACGAAAAACCAGUAUGUAUAUAAGUGGGUAGAGGAAAAUUCAAACUCAAGCACCAACGUGAUGAACACUUCCUAUGACAGCACAUCGACAACUAUAUCACCAGAUCCGUGUGGGGGCAGUGUCAGCGCCAAAAGUGAAAAGAAAGACCAGUCAGCGGCGGCAUUAUGGUUGUUAUACUUCUCCCUAUGUGAGCAUGGGAUAGCUAUUCCGAUGAUAAUGAUGUAUAGUUCAUAUUCGGAUUUCGUUGGUAGAAAACCGCUUAUGAUGAUUUCCUGUAUCGGCUUUUGUUUUCAAUUUGCUACCAAGAGUUUUAUUGUUUACAAAAACCUUUCAUUAAUUUAUUUCUUUAUUCCGUGUGUUUUGACGGGAAUAAGUGGUGGUCACUACCCAUUUUAUAUUGCGAUGACCGCAUCUGUGGCAGACAAAACGGACAAUAACAAGAAGAGGGCUUUUGGUAUAGCAUUAUUCGAAGCGGUAACUGGGGUUGGUGUAAGUACCGCUCAUGUUGGUACUGGAUACCUGAUAAAGAGUUUUGGAUAUAUGUACCCCAUGGUAGCAGCGUCAGGAAUAUUCGCUGUGUGUUUCUUCAUUACACUGUUUGCGAUAAAGGACACACGUUUACCUAGAUCAACUAAACAUAUCACAAUUGGCGUUCAUCUCAAAAAUAUUUUUGGAAUGUUUUUAAGCAAAUCUUACAUCCUGACUGGCAGUGUUUUAACAUUCAAUUUGACAAUGUUAACUAUUUUUCUCUUGCUUAUGGCUGCAUCGGAUUCCUCCACAAUUGGAGUACUUUAUCAGCUUCGUUCGCCAUUUUGUUGGGAUUCAAGAAAAAUAGGGUGGUAUGGAUUCGGAACCGAUAUUUUAAAAUACCUCUUUGGUUUGGUAGUUGUUAAGUGGCUGCAGAUGUGCCUUCCUGACGUUACAGUGAUCAUGAUCACCAUCACAUCCGCUAUUGCCUCUUCAGUUAUUACAGGUUUCGCUGACACAAGUCUGAUGCUGUAUAUAAGCUCAGGGGCGGGUAUGCUCUCUCUCAUGUCUAGACCUCUUCUCCGAGCUUUUUCCUCUAACUUGAUCGAAAAAGAUAAACAAGGUGCUGUAUUUGGCAAUACAUAUGUGAUUGAAAACAUAUGUAGUAUGCUCAGCAAGACUGUCUUCAGCGAAAUAUACGCUCGGACUCAGACUUUCAUGGCCGGUUUUGUAUUCCUGAUAAUGGGGGCAUUUAACCUAACAUCGUUGAUUGUGUUCAUAGCUGGAUGCAAAAGAUUGGUUGUGGACCAAAUAUUCGAAAUGGAUACUGCGUCAGAGCAAAAACCAUUGUUAGUUAAUACUGAUAAACAAGCCAUCAAAUCUGAGAACAGAUCGAUCAGGACUCAAAUGGUUUUCCGUAUGUGCCUAACGUUUAUGUACAUGGUUAUAUCGGAAUUUGGAAGUCUUAACCAAACACUUUAUAUCUAUAAUCGCGCCUCAGACUUUAACAAGGAAAGAAAUCUCACAUUCACACGUGAAGAAAAUUCAACGAAUGCAUGCGGUUCGAACCAAAGUCGCUCUACCGAGAAUCUUGACCAAAAGCUCGCAGCAAAAUGGACAUGGUAUUUUAGUCUGGUUUCCCAUGGUUUGGGUGUUCCGUCGCUUCUUCUAUAUGGUCUGUAUUCGGAUUUUAUUGGCAGGAAGCCACUUCUGAUAAUUUCACUUACAGGCGAUGCCCUUCGCUACGGUAUGAUGGCUUUCAUUACCCACAAGCGAUUGCCUUUUGUUUUCUUUUUCGUGCCCUAUGCUGUAUCCGGUCUCACUGGCAAUAGCUAUCUCUUUUUCAUUGCUAGCACCGCAGCCAUCGCCGAUAAAACAAGCUACAGCCAAACGAGAACCGUAGGAUUGGCAAUUUUUGAGGUUCUCAUUGGGUUAGGAGGAAGUGUGGCAAAAAUAAGCGCAGGGUACCUGAUACAUUACAGUGGGUACCUCAUGCCGAUGCUGAUAUGUUUAGGAGCCUACCUAACAAGUUCAAUACUUGUUUGCGCUUUUGUAGAAGAGACGAUAACCACAAUAUCAUCGAAAAAUUUGACUUUUUGCAUUGGUAUCAAAAGAAUAUUUGGAUUUUUCUACGAUAAAGCAUCUAUUAUUGGAAGCAAAAAUUAUUUGUUUGUAAUAGCUUGGUCGGCUUUUCAUAUCAUUCAUUUCGCACGUUCAUCUGCCUCUGGUAUAACAACAUUGUAUGAGUUAAGAUCUCCGUUCUGUUGGACACCAGAGGGGAUUGGCUGGUUCGGGUUCGUUCAAAAUAUUGUUGAAUUCCUGUUGGGUUUGUCUUUAAUGAAAUUACUUCAAUACUGUGUUGAAGAUGUACUCUUAGCUUCGCUUGGUUGCCUGUCUAACAUUGGACUUUUCGUCGUUAUGGGUUUGGCAUCUUCUAAUUUCAUGAUGUAUACAGCUCUUGGAGCCGGGGUGCUUUCAGUCGUGACGUUUCCCGUUAUGCGUUCAAUAUUGUCAAGAUUCGUGGAAGCUGAUAGACAAGGUAUAUUAUUUGCCAAUUUAUACGUAAUGGAGAAUUUGUCAUCAUUGGCAGCAGGAAGCAUCUUUAAUAAUCUUUAUUCUGAAACAGAGGACUGGAUGCCGGGGCUAAGUUUUCUCGUAGUGGCUUCAACCUUCAUUAUCCCACUAGGGCUAUUAAUGUGA